UUUUUUCUAUUUGUCAGUAAAAGAUUCAUCUUUAUUUUUCAAUUAUAGCUUGUACAAGAAGCUCUUGAACAAGCUCAUACAGAAGAUUCUAGUCGAACAUCACUCAUUACUGCUCAUCGUCUUUCAACUAUUCGUUCAUGUGAUUUGAUCUGUGUACUUGAUAGAGGACACAUUGUGGAAAGUGGUGCUCAUACAGAAUUGAUACAACGAUGUGGCGUUUAUCAUAAAAUGCUUUCUCAAAGCAAUUUUCAAUGA